AUGGUUGAAAAGUGGGGGGGUCAAGAGCUCCCCCCUUCAGGACUGCAGCCUGGUUUGAAGACCUUGUAUUUGACCAUAUCUGACCUCUACAGAAAAAACUGGCACCCAUUUCUCUCUUUUUUCAUUCUGGGUAAGGGGGAGGUGGGUGGGUUUGGGGGAAGUGACACAGCAACUGUCAAUUUCCAGUUGAAGUCCAUGAAUGCUAACACCAUGAUAUUUAUGAUCUUGGGGGCAUCUAUUGUUAUGGCAAUUGCGUGCUUGAUGGAUAUGAAUGCACUCCUGGACCGAUUUCACAAUUAUAUCUUACCACAUUUGAGAGGGGAGGACCGAGUUUGCCACUGCAACUGUGGAAGGCAUCAUGUCCAUUACGUCAUCCCGUACGACGGAGACCAGUCGGUGGUGGAUUCCUCAGAGAACUACUUUGUGACGGAUAAUGUCACCAAGCAGGAGAUUGAUCUGAUGCUGGGACUCUUGUUGGGGUUCUGUAUAAGCUGGUUUCUGGUCUGGAUGGACGGGGUGCUCCAUUACGCCGUGCGGGCGUGGCGGACAAGCCGACGGUAUGACAAUUCUUGGUCGUGGAUCCCCAAAUUUUGUAACUUCAAGGAGUUCAGAAAACGUCACCACCGGCAGUAUGAUGAACCCACUGGGAACAUGGUGCACAUCAAACAGAAGCUGUAUCAUAACGGGCAUCCCAGUCCGAGACACCUCUGAGGAAGCAGAGACUGAUGAGAGGUCCAAGAACUUGCCUUCUGCUGUCUGUCGAGGGGAACGUCCGUCUGCUCGUUCCUCAAUGGAUGCCGCUUAAGGACUUCCUUUUAGUUACCCAUACGGUGUGUCUAUCGGGCACACAGAGAAUGCACAAUUCAACCCUGUCCCGGAUGCCCUGCGCCCGAGACGUUGCACUGUGGUUACCAUUUUAUUGGUGGACUUCUGUAGAUAUGUAAAAACAAAAACAAACAAAAAAAUCAAAAAAGGAAAAAAAAAAAGAGAUAAUUUGCAUUGUACUUCCAGCCCGUUGCUUCUUCGAUGCUGUCCUGCAACGCCAA